GUCACUUGCUAGUGUGAACAUAGGUUUAGGUAAGAAAUAGUAUAAAUAGGUUGGUGUCUCACUUAAGUAAUAAAUGUAUUUUUUUAAUUAUACCUUACAUUCUUCUCAUUUAUUUCAGAUUUCUGUUCUCUGACUCUGGACCCCAACACAGUAAAUCAGCACCUCAUUCUGAGUGACAACAACAGAGUGCUGAGACACAGCUGGAGAGACCAGGAGUACUCUGAUCAUCCGGAGCGGUUUGACUACCACUGGCAGGUGUUGUGUGAGGAGAGUAUGCUUGGACGCCAUUACUGGGAGGUGGAGUGGAUGCGAGAUGACGAUGUGGAAAUAUCCGUCUCGUACAGAGAGAUCUGCAGGAAAGGAUGGCGCGACGAGUGCAAGUUUGGACGCAACGAUCAGUCCUGGUGUCUGCGCUGUUCUUCCACGUCUCUCUGUUUCUAUCACAACAACAUUCAGACCGAGAUCCAAGGGCCAUCAUCCUCCAGAAUAGGAGUGUAUGUGGAUCACAGUGCAGGAACUCUGUCCUUCUACAGCGUCUCUGACACGAUGAAGCUCCUCCACAGAGUCCACACCACAUUCACUCAGCCUCUAUACGCUGGGUUUGGGAUCUACUUGUUAGAUGACGAUAUAACUGUGAGGUUGUGUGAUCCUUAGUAAUGUGUGUAGUGCAGUAAGAUGUGUCCCAGUUUCUCACAACUAUAUAUAUUGUUAAAUUGACUUGUUAAUCUCUGACACUUGUAGGAAUACAAAUAUGAGAGUCACUGUUUUCUAGUAUGCUGAAUGACAUCAGCUAAAUGAUUAUGCUGAGCAAAGUUUCUAGUAGGAGGUUUCUGCCAGUUCCUGUUCUCUUUACUGUGAGUCAAACGAGCAUAGUAACUGAGGCUACCACCUUUUGUCUGUGAUGGCUCUUGGUGCCUCUGCCCCAUUCUUUGCAUUGGUGGCCAUUGUUCAUGAUCAUCAUUACCUGAGGUGUGGACUUUUCUUUAUCUCUAUGAUAAUGAAGUGUGUGAGUGGUUUAGUUAUGCUGAUUGGAUUAGAGCUGGUGAAACUGCAGAGUCUGGGGAGGGUUCCUAUAACUCUGUACUUCUUUUCCAUGUUUUGUUUAAAGUUGUCACCUGAGUGCUUUUGUCUCCACCUCUAAGGACUGACCCUUAAAAUGUGUAUAAAACUACAAUGUACAGAUCUCUUGUUUAGACUUGAUGACUGCAGAGUGAAACAGCACGUUCUCAAUAAAGAAUCCUGCUGAAGAUA